CGACCACUAUCACCUUCGGAGUCUGCGCGGAUUAUCAACUGCCUGACUUGGUUGGCUCGAGUCAUUCGGGUGCUUUAGCACUGUCGCUCUUUGCCCCCUGUCCGCCAUGCCUCGCCCUCGCCGGGUUGCGCAGCCUCGUGAAGGGCAGGCUUGUGGGAUUCGCCAUAGAACGAGCGAACCUGACCAUCCUGUGCUCUCGACAAAUGCCUGCGCCGCGGAAGAACUGGCGGGAAUCCAAACCCUCGACAGACCCACCCACGUCGCUAUUGGACGGUCUCGAGGCAGAGAAGAUGCCGGCCAUAUCUACCGAUCAGGGCGAGUGCGCUAUCCCAUCUUCGAGGUCAAGCUAGGUGUGUACCGCAUCAACUAUCUAUCCAAGCCGAUGACGGAAGAAGAGAUGCGGCGCAGUAUGCCCCUGCUCAAGCUCGGUGUCUCGUUGUACUGCCUGGGCGUCGGUGGACUGAUUGUCUUUCUCCUGCUGCUUCUCGGGUCACUCGUCUAG